GAUAGAAUAUAGACGUAUAUAUUGUAGUUGUUUGAAGCGUUGGAAAUUUUCCGAUUCGUUCGUUGGUCAUAUAUAAAUUUCGGCUUCGAGUUUUGUUUUUAGUUUUCGACAUUACAUCUCGGCGGUAAAGCUUCCAACUGUAUGUUUAUCGGUGUAUAAGUAUCAUUGCUAAUAUUACGCGCGUGUGUGCGACUCGGACAUCGGCAUGGCAACACCGACGAGGGAGAGUUGUCCGCUAACCAUGCUUACGGCAGUAAUAACGCUGUUGGCCGUCGCCAGAGGCGCUGACGGCGCCUGCAGCAGAGGACACGGCUGCAGGACGAACGAACUUGCUGACGUCAUCAACCAAAACAUGGCCGGAUUUCGGCUGCUAAAGUCAUCAUGGCCGCCCUCCUUCCCGCUCGCCGUCGACUUCGAUCACGUGUUCAACUGGCCGUCGGACGCAGACGACUGUCGCGGCGGCGACGCGCAUGCGCCGGACGCUACCGAUGACGUCACGAGCCGGCUGCGAGCGGCGGGGGAGAAGUUGGAGAAGGCGGAGAGGAUGGUGCGGGAGGCGCAGGAGGAGAUGACGCUCAUAGCACAGCAGACGGAGCGGGAGAGGGGACGCGGCGCGGCGAGGAAAGACGAGGAGGAGGCACGCGGAGAGGAGGACGGCACCGCAGAUUACGAGGAAGUGCUGCGUCGGCACUACGCGGAAGUAAGUCGGCACGACAGCGACGUAGAGCGCAUGCGCGUGGCCGAGCAGCGGCGGAAGCUGCAGCAGCAGCUGCUGCGCGAAUCCACGCAGUGUCGUCAGCGUCAGCAGCAACAACAGCCGCAAUCGAAGCAACAUGAAAAACAUCAACAGCAGCAACACCAACGACAACACAAGCAGCAACACACACAGCAACAACAACAGCAACAAAAACACCAACAGCAGCAGGAACAGCUGAAGCGUCACGCCUCAGCAGUGGAGCCACGGAGAGAACAACUUGGCGCCAUGCGAAACUCGCCCGUUCACAACACGCUGUGGCGCGAACAACAACCUCAGACAGACGACCCGCGCGUGCGAUCCAAGAUGGCCGCCAAGCUGUGGCUACCAGGCUACGAUGUGAGUCGGCUGAGCGUGAGCCUACGAGGGAACAUCGUCGUGAUCACGACGAAGCAAAAAUGCGACGGCAUGGUGCACUUGUGCGACUAUAUAACCGGUCAGCAAUCAUUCGCGCUGCCCCCUGGCGUCGAUCGGCGGACGCUGCGAGCGACGUACGCCGACGACGAGCUGCUGAUUGAAGCGUACAGGACGGACGCGGCGGGAACCGAACAACAACAACAACAACAACAACCACAAAAACAACAACCACAACCGCAACAGAUUCAUGAACAAUACAAAGAACAAAAUCAAGAACAACAGCAAGAGCACCACCAACGUCGGCCGGACGAGAGGCAACAUUUAUGGAGGCAGGAUCCACAACAACACGAAGAACCCCAUCAACAGCCACAGCUGCAUCAUCAUCAGCAGAAGCAGCAGCAGCAGCAGCAGCAGCAUCGUCAGCAACAAUUCCGAGACCAGCAGCAGCAGCAGCAGCAGCAGCAGCAGCAGCAGCAGCAGCAACAGCAACAGGGAAAGCAUGCCCAUGAUAGCCAGUAUCACCAAGCAAACGACGUGGCCAGCGAAUCGUUCGACAACUCGGAUGAAAUCACGAUAGAAAUCGAAGAAUAGUUUUAAAUGUCCAAAUGUAAAUACUGCAAUGCUGCUACGUGUACUCUCACUGCAUUAUUUGAUUCGGGCACAAUUGAUUUCCGAUCGUAUGCGUGCGUGCUGUAAAUAUUAAUUAGUUAAUUAAAAAAAUUUACGCACAGAAUAUUGUUAAUUCACAAGUUAAUUCAAAAAUAAACUCUAGCUAA